GUUUGGAAUCCAUAAAUAUCAAGAAGAUUGUUGUUGGCCACAAAUUAGUUAGAAACUGAGUGCCAAAAGAGCAAAGGGUAAGGGCUGUAGAAUCAUACACUUCCCUUAUCCUCACAUCCAAUCUCCUCCACCCAAUUCAUAAUCCACUACCCAAUCUCUACUAAAAACAUCCCAAUUCCCAUUUCUCCUUAUUUUUCCUCUUCACCAUUCCCCCCCUCUUAAUUCUCUUUACUCAUAAUUCAUAAAAAAACAUGGCUACUGCAGUAAGUGCUGCAGUUUCUCUUCCUUCAUCCAAGUCCACCUCCUUUUCCUCUAGAAACUCCAUCAUCUCUACUGACAAAAUCAGCUUCAACAAGGUGCCCUUGUACUACAGAAAUGUGUCUGGUGGUAGUAGAUUAGUUUCUAUCAGAGCCCAAGUGACCACUGAGGCUCCUGCUAAAGUUGAGAAGAUUUCAAAGAAACAGGAGGAAGGUGUAAUUGUCAAUAAAUUCAGGCCAAAGGAACCUUAUGUUGGUAGAUGUCUACUAAACACUAAGAUCACUGGUGAUGAUGCACCUGGUGAAACUUGGCAUAUGGUUUUCAGCACUGAGGGAGAGGUCCCAUAUAGAGAAGGACAAUCCAUUGGUGUAAUUGCUGAUGGUGUUGAUGCCAAUGGGAAGCCUCACAAGCUUAGAUUGUACUCAAUUGCUAGCAGUGCCCUUGGUGACUUCGGUGACUCCAAAACUGUUUCUCUGUGUGUCAAGAGGCUUGUGUACACCAAUGACAAAGGGGAAGAAGUUAAAGGAGUUUGCUCAAACUUCUUAUGUGACUUGAAGCCUGGAGCAGAGGUCAAGAUUACUGGACCUGUAGGCAAAGAAAUGCUCAUGCCUAAAGAUCCAAAUGCCACCGUUAUAAUGCUUGCCACUGGAACUGGAAUUGCUCCUUUCCGUUCAUUCCUGUGGAAAAUGUUCUUUGAGAAACACGAGGAUUACAAGUUCAACGGUACAGCAUGGCUUUUCUUGGGUGUUCCCACCAGCAGCUCACUACUUUACAAGGAGGAAUUCGAGAAAAUGAAGGAGAAGGCCCCAGAAAACUUCAGAUUGGACUUUGCUGUGAGCAGAGAACAAACGAACGAAAAGGGUGAAAAGAUGUACAUUCAAACCAGAAUGGCUCAAUAUGCUGAAGAACUAUGGACUUUGCUCCAAAAAGACAACACCUUCAUCUACAUGUGUGGACUCAAGGGCAUGGAGCAGGGAAUUGAUGAAAUCAUGUCUUCACUUGCAGAAAGAGAUGGUAUUGUCUGGGCGGACUACAAGAAGCAAUUGAAGAAGGCAGAGCAAUGGAAUGUUGAAGUUUACUAAAUAUUUUUACUUUUCUUUGUACAAAUAUGAGCCAACACUAUGCUUCUCUCCCCCUGCAUCCAUGUAGAUAGGUAAAUUUUUCCGUUGAAAUUUUAAUUUCAUUUUUUGGGACUUCCCUUUUUAAAUCUUUCAUCUGUAUCUUUUAAUGAAUCAGUGUAUUGGCAUUUGUCCCUCUAAAAAGUUGAAUUUUGAGGGCAUGGAUCAAUAACAUAUAGCUGAAUCAACCAAAAAUCACAAUAUUUUUUUUCCAAUUUUCUUAACUACAA